CAGACGAUGAAGUUGUACUUACUUAUUGCUCUGUUUAUCGCCGCUAUGCAGAUUUGUACGGCUGAAAUUGUGAAACUUGGAAAGCAAAUAAUAUGUCCGCGUACUAACCCUCCAAUAAUUUGUCCUCACAAUAGUGGUCGCGAGUGUGCGGCUUAUUGUUACACCAAAGCCCCAAAGCUGCCCGAAGCAGUCGGUGAUGCCGGAUUUCCAUGUUUGAACACCCACCCCCGGCUAAUGUGUCCGUCUUCUUCCACUGCUUAUUGCCAGAACUACUGCGCCAGUGCUGAAAGAAUGCAGGGUGCUAGAAAUACCAACUAACUACGUAAUACUCCAUCAGUCGAUGCGUGGUGAUUCCAAUGUCAAGGCUUGAAGAAUUCGUCCAAUGGAGUUAGACGAUUUUUCUUAUGAAACGCUCUGUAGAUAUGUACUCACAAUAUUGACAUUCAACAAGGCUGGCAGAACUUAAUUUCCCUAUUCUCGUCACACUCCACAAGUAUAGUGUGGUAAAUCAUCGAUGUAUUGGAUAUGUGAGAGAUUGUUCAAUACAAAUAUGACAAAUGUGUUUGAAAUAUUGAAUAUAAAGACCCCAUAAAAAAGAAA